AUGAAUGAAUUAUAUUAAAAUAAAUGUUAUUUGCGAAUACUCAGUGAAUUCAGGGAACUGAAAUUGCCUCCAAAAGUAACAAAUUUAAAAAAGGACUGCCAGCAAACAAAUUAGAUAAUAGAUUUAUUAAGAAAACCUACAAGUCAUCGUAAAAUGUUGAGUGAACAUUGUCCAAAAGUACCUCAACUUAAAAUAGAAUAUACUUAUAGUAAAAACACUUCCCCUAGAUUCCGUAUUAAUAAGAAUAUCUCGCCUACAAAUACUGCUAGAAGUUCUAGACCUACUACUCACAAAACCAUAAGAGCCUAUCUUACUUAAACGAAAGUAGGAAAGUUUAAGACUUUACCACAGAUUCAAUAAUCUCAAUAGGCAAUUGAAGGACCUCCCUAAUUGGAAAUAUCUUCAUGUUAACAACUUACUGCUUUGUAGUCUCCCAAAGAAACUGUUAUAUCUGAAUUUCAAUCUCCUCGUAUUAUGUAACGAUUUGACUUCGAUCAUUAAUUUGUGAAAGCCAAGAUUGAGCCUCCGAAACGUUCAAAAAAAUAAUUGAGAAUGAUUCUAUUGAGGGCAAUCAAUAAACUUAAAGCAAUGAAUAUCGAUCCACAGUAUAUGAUUGAGAAUAAGGUCUUCUCUAAAAAGCCUUAUUAACGAAAAAUGUCGAACGAAUUUAUUCAUGCAGUAAAGUUGAAUUAAAUGGAUAGAGUUAUUGAAUUGUUAGAAUAUAACAGAUAUCUUGUAUUUGAUUUCGACUUCUACAACAUGACUGCCUUGCAUUGGGCAUGCAAGAAAGGAUUGGUGGAGAUGGUUGAACUACUAAUAAAGAAUCACGCAGACGUAGAUGCAGUAGACAUACUACAUCGAACUCCUCUUUAUUUGGCAAUACAGGGCAAUCACCUUGUCAUUGUAGAAACUCUACUUAAGAACAAAGCUUAUCCUUGGUCAACUUACUACACAGAUCUGGCUGAAGUCGUGCAAGACAAUAGAAAAGUAUAAAAGCUUCUCACUCUAGUAAGAAGAAUUGACAUCAUUAAUACUUGGGGCGAUAAGAAGGUUGAAGAAGAUUGUAUUUGA